ACUUCGAGACCCUUCGAUCUCCUUCCCGAACCUUCCCAUCGCAUGAACGAGGCGACCGACAUCAACAAACUCUGCGAUUCGGUCCCGGAUGACUUGGCGAAAAUCAUUCGAGAAUAUCCUGAGAUCUUCCCGGAUGACUUGCCAAGUGGAUUGCCACCCGAACGACCCCAGGACCACAAAAUCGAGCUGGAGCCCGGCGCGCAACCUACUGUACGCACGCAAUGGCACCUGACUCAGCCGGAGCUACAGGAGUUACGUAAUCAGCUGGACUACCUGCUGGCGAAAGGGUUCAUUCGGCCGAGCACGUCCCCGUUCGCAGCACCGAUCCUGUUCACGCCAAAAAAGGACGGCGGACUUCGCAUGUGUACGGACUAUCGCGCCCUUAAUCGGGUAACGAUAAAGUCGCGCUACCCAAUACCACGAACGGACAAACUGAUCGACAACCUUCGCGGAGCUCGCUACUGUUCGAAGAUCGACCUUCGUGGCGGUUACCAUCAAAUUCGAGUGUUCGCUGACGACUGCCACAAGACCGCGUUUCGUACUCGCUAUGGGAGUUACGAAUACACGGUGAUGUCGUUUGGAUUAACGAACGCCCCCUCGACGUUUCAACUCACCAUGAACGGGGUGUUCCGCGAUCUACUCGACAAAUGCGUAAUAAUUUACCUGGACGACAUCCUGAUCUACAGCAAGACCCGGGAGCAGCAUUUAAAGGAUUUGGACGCGGUUUUUCAGCGACUACAGCAGAAUCGUCUCAUCACCAAGGGCUCCAAGUGCGAGUUUUUAAAACAAGAACUGGAGUUCCUGGGGCAUGUUAUCUCCACGGAGGGGAUUCGAAUAGACCCGAAAAAACUCUGGGCUAUUCAGGAGUGGCAACCGCCAACAAAUCUGCAGCAGCUGCAAUCAUUUUUGGGUUUCGUAAAUUAUGUGCGACGGUUUAUACCCAACAUGGCGGGGUUAAGUGGACCUCUAACCAAGCUACUGCAGAAGGGAACUUUUUACGAGUGGGGGGAGAAGCAGCAAGCUGCGUUCGAGGCAUUAAAAAAUCUUUUAAUGUCGCCACCAGUACUUCGCAUCGCUGACCCGGACAGACCUUUCGAAGUCAUCACCGACGCAAGUGACAUCGCCAUUGGAGCAGUGCUCAUGCAAGAUUUCGGCAACAGGCUUCAACCAAUCGCGUACGAGUCACGGAAAAUGCAAUCUGCUGAGCGCAACUACUCGGUACACGACAAGGAGAUGUUGGCGAUCGUCCACGCCGGAACUGAUCGAAUUUGGGUCCCAAGUUAUUGUCUACUUCGCGAAUUACUAAUUCAAGAAGUCCACGAUUCGAAUUUAUCGGGACAUUUCGGGGUUGAUAAAACUCUGAAGGCGUUGCAGCGGUUUUAUUACUGGCCAGAUAUGGUGACGGACAUGCAGCGUUACGUGGCCGUGUGUCCGAUGUGCCAGCGAAUGAAAUCCUCACACCAGCGACCUACAGACUGCCCAAGACAAAGCUACUAGCUCUGGUGUUCCUAUAUCUUGGCUUGC